AUGCCUUUUUUCUCUAAUCCUAAUCCGUUUGACGCUAGUGUCGAAAAAGCAACAGACGAGAGGAACACCUCAGAGGAUUGGGCUACCAUUCUUGACAUUUGUGACAAGGCCAAACAGUCUCAAGUCGCAGCCAAAAAUUGUUAUAAAGCCGUUAUGAAAAGGGUGUUGAAUAGGAAUCCUCAUAUUGCUUUACAGGCUAUUUCGCUUCUGAAUGCCUGCGUAAAAAAUGCUGGUCGAUAUUUUUGGCUUGAAAUAGCCUCAAAAGAUUUCAUCACUGAUUGUAGAAAGAUCAUCAGUGAAGAGAAGCAAGGAGUGAUUCAAAAGAAAAUAUCCAACCAGCUGAAGCAUCAUCUAAGAAGUUGGGCUAAAACUGAAUUCAAAUCUGACUCUGAACUGAGAAAUGAAAUGAUGUACUUCUUUAGCUCAAUUCCUGGCUUGUAUAAAUCAUUGAAGCAUGAAGGUGUAAGUUUUACUCUUGAUGAUGGUUCAACCAAUUCAAAAUUGAAAAAGUUGUCAAAAGACCCGAACGUUGUACAGAGCAAGGAGGAAGAAGAGGAUAUUGCUAAAGCCAUAGCUCUCUCCUUGAAGGAUUCUGAAAAGUCAAAGCCAUUUUCAUCAUCUGCCUACUCGUCGUCGUCGUCAUCAGCAGCAGCAGCUGCAUCAUCAAUCUAUCCUGCAUUCCAGUCAGCAUCAUCAUCUUCAUCUUCGUCGUCUUAUUCCACAGUUAAUAAGAAUAAAGAACCUAGGAAGGUGAAGGCCCUUUAUGACUUUGAAGCUGUAGAGGACAAUGAGCUGACGUUCAAGGCAGGAGAGAUUAUUGGAGUCAUUGAUGAUAGUGAUCAGAAUUGGUGGAAAGGUGUGUCGUGGAGAGGAGAGGGGUUAUUUCCCGCCAAUUUUGUAACCAAUGAGCUUGAAUCUGAAGAUGACAAAAUAGGUGCUACAAGCUCAAAAAAAUCAAAAAACAAAAACGAAAGUGAUGAUGGUGACAACGCGGAUGACGACGACGACGAGGAGGAAGAUGAUGAUGAUGAUGGUGAGGUGGUAGAGAGGAAGAAUGCUGGCUUCGUUGGAAAAGUUGCUGGGGGUAGGAGGAAGAGAAGGAAGGAUGAGAAGAUAAACACGACACUGAACAUGCUACAGAGUGCUGACCCGUGCGGUGAUGUUCAGACUGAUCCGGAGAACAUGCAGACGUACGAGGAACAUUGCAAACUUAUGAUACCCCUCAUCAAUCAGGAACUCGAGAAGAUUGAUAGACAGCACAUGAAGUUGAUGGAAUUCAAUGACAAGCUGAUCCACUCAUUAGAACUCUACCACACUCUGAUGGCCGAGCUACCACACUCAACCACAGCAGCUGCAACUUCAACGACGUCAUCUUCAACAUUGAUGAUCAACCAUUUCAGCCGCAGCAGCAGCAGCAGCUUCAACAACAACAUAUUUCUCCAACACACCAGCAUCAAACACCAGCAUUGCCAACCCACUAUUCACUGUCAUCGUACACUGAUGUACGUUAACAUGUACCAACCAGUAAACAUCAGCAACAUAACGACAGUUCAAACGAACAUGGCGUCACUUCCUCCACAGCAACAACCACCACAACCACCACAGCCACAACCACCACAGUCACAAUUAUCACAACAACAGUUACAAAAUAUUCAACAACAGCCACAACUGCAACUGCAACAAUAG